AUGUUGAAUGUGACAUACUCCAACCCAACUGCACUUACUCUUGGCUUUGGUGAGUUGACUUCAAUGAAAUAUCUCUACAGCAUCUUGGUCUUGGGUGGCUUUGUGAUUGUGGUGACAUUGAAUGUUGUGGUUGUUGCUGUUAUUUGGCUGAACAGAAGUCUACACAAGUCAAUGUACAUUUUCAUUUGCAUGUUGUGUUUCAAUGGACUCUAUGGCAGUGUUGCAUUCUUCCCAAGCCUCUUUGUUAACCUAUUUUGGAAGACUCCAACUAUUUCUUAUGCUGGUUGCUUGAUACAGGUUUUCUGCCUAAACACGUAUACUGGAUAUGAGUUGUCCAUACUAACUAUCAUGGCUUUUGAUCGUUAUGUCUGCAUCUGCUUCCCCCUGAGAUAUAAAGCCAUAAUGUCCAUCCCUAAUGUUCUCAGACUGAUAAGUGCUGCCUGUCUUGCUGUUGUCCUGCCAUUUACAGUACAUUAUAUACUGACCCUACGACUUCCCUUGUGUGACUCAGCUAUAGUGAAGAUCUACUGUGACAACUGGUCAGUAGUGAGACUUUCCUGCACUGAUACAAGCUGGAACCAAAUCUCGGGAUUAGUCCUCACUGUGGGCUUCCUUGUUGUGAUGCCAGCUCUAAUUUUGUUCUCUUAUGCCAUGAUUCUAAGGGCAUGCACAAAGUCCUCAAAGCAAAUUAGAGCAAAGGCCUUACAGACCUGUUCACCUCACUUGAUCACCAUCACUAAUUUUAUUGCUGAUCGGCUUUUUGAGGUUAUUCUCCAUCGUAUCACACUCAACAAUGUCCCUUACUGGUUGAUGAUAUUCAUGUCUGUCUAUGUCUAUGUGGUCCCUCCUCUGCUGAACCCUCUGAUUUAUGGACUGAAAUUAAAGGAUGUAAGAGCCAAGAUUAUUUGGUUAAUUUACCAGUGA